UCAUCCAAAAACAUCAGCAAUUUCAUAGAGUUACGAAUACUACAGCAGUAUAGCAGUGAAAAGUUAAUAAACAGUCAAACGUCUGCCUGAAAUCGAUAAAAAUCUCUGCAAUGUGAAAGAGAUAUUUGCCUGUUGAUUUAUUCUUUUGAUAUUUUGACUUCUUGUAUUGUUGUUGACACUCCGAAACUAUCAGUGGUUUGUUAUUAUUUGGUGACGAUACUGUGAAAGCUAGAAAAAAAAUUUCAAUCAAAUUUAUCUAGCUAAUUUUUUGUUGGUGAAUUUUAUUAGUAGUCGUAAAACUGUCGAAUUAAUCCUAUAAUGUCUUCGCCAAUUCAAUUUCGACUUUUGCAAGAUGUAGAUAAUUAUUGUCCAGAUACUCUCGAUCUCAGCCUAGAUAGUGAAGCCAAAAAUUACUGGUUUAAGUGUUUCAACCGGCUGGUACUAAAAUUUGAACAACAAGCGGCCAAAAGCCAGAACGGAGACCCUACGGCUGUGGAUCGAGCAGCCAAAUUUCGUACGGAUUACCUAGAUAAACUUGAACAACUUCAACAGGACAAUUCCAGUUUGAAUCCAAAACCCUUGGCAAUUAGGGAUUUGUUGGAAUUGAAUGAAACGUGUUUGAGGCGUUUCGGAUUCGAUGAUCCAUGGAGGGAGCAAAAGCAGAUAGAAAACCAGGCUUCAAUUGUGAAAUUAAACUCUAGACUCGACUACAUUGAUCAAAUAGAGGAUAUAAGAGCUAAAUGGACUGAGAUUAUUAAGGGAGUGUUGGCAGGUAAUAUGUUUGACUGGGGAGCCCAAGCUGUGGCACAAAUACUUGAGAACGAUUCCAGUUUUGGACUAGAGGAAGCUCUGCAACAGAUUCAAAAACGGCCCUGGUUGAUAGAUUGUUUGGAUCAAUGGCUAGAUAGAACACAGGGACCCCCUCACAAGUGUGCUACUAUUUUUACCGAUAACUCUGGUAUUGAUAUUGUACUAGGAAUUUUGCCUUUAGUCAGACAACUAUUGCUUCAAAAGACAAAAGUUUUACUUUGUGCAAACACGAAACCAGCCUUGAAUGAUAUCACGUACGAAGAGUUACAGGAGUUAAUUAGGCAAUGUUGCUCAAAGUGUGCAAUAAUCAAUGAGGCUUACGAGGAAGGAAUGCUUCAAAUUUUUGGAAACGAACAGAAUGGACCGUGUCUCGACUUCCGUCUCAUAACACCAGCAUUAUGUAAUGAACUAUUGCCGAGCGAUUUACUCAUUAUCGUUGGAAUGGCCAGGGCUCUUCAUACUAAUCUGAACGCUAAAUUCACCUGCGAGACAUUAAAACUAGCAGUUGUAAAAAAUGAAUGGCUGGCAAAACGUCUUGGAGGAGAAACCUUUUCAGUUAUCUGUAAAUACGAAAACAUAUGAUAUUUUAUGCAAUUUCGGUAUGUUGAAAAAUUCAAAUAGAUCAAUGCACCUCGAAACAAUAAAUAUAUUAGUAAUUGUUCGACUAGGGGA